UUGCGAAUUGCCGUGUGAUAUUUCGCCCAUCUGGGUUAGCCGCUGAUAAAUUACGGCACGAAUACAGAAGUACAGAAGGUUAUAUUUCAUAGAUCUCAUGCUGCUCAGAGUAUAUAUAACCUUAGGAAAUGGAAGAGGGAUGCUGUUCAAGUACCGACAUAACGCAGUCGUUAAUGAUAUCAACGGAGCCAUAAGAAACCAAGCUCUGUGGAAUUCGUUGCUGUCGACCUGAGAAAGAGCUGUACCUAACUGACAGCUUGCACACGGAUAACAGGCCCGUAUCGCGGGGUGUACCGUACCGUCCCUGUCGUAUUUUUCAGUUUUUCAGCGCCCUCCGCCAACUUCGCACAUCUGAAGAUUCCCAAAAUCCCUUCUCCUUUCCAACAACACCACACGCUGCCCGAUCCUCAGGGCCUUUCUCAGUUUCUUAUUUGCUUUCCAGUGUACUGCUACUGCUUUUUAUUUCCUCGUAUAUAUCCUCAAUUUUGUUUUUCUUCUUCGUGAGGCUUAAUUAGCCCAUCUUGAACAGUUUUUGCGAGGCUUCUCUUCUGACGUCAAGCGGGCAACGAAAUCACCACGUUUAAAUAUAUAUUCCUUGACCUCAACCCAAGUCAUUGAAGAAUUCACUUCCCGCCGUCAUGUCGGACAAACUAACCAGAAUCGCCAUUGUCAACGCGGACAAGUGCAAACCCAAGAAAUGUCGUCAAGAAUGCAAGAAGUCUUGCCCAGUCGUGCGCUCCGGCAAACUUUGUAUCGAAGUCACCCCUGAAUCGAAGAUUGCUUUCAUUUCGGAACGUCUCUGUAUAGGAUGCGGUAUUUGUCCGAAAAAAUGCCCCUUUGGAGCCAUCCACAUCAUCAACUUGCCCACCAACCUAGAGACCCAGGUUACGCACCGAUAUUCGGCGAACAGCUUCAAACUUCACCGGCUGCCCAUGCCUCGCCCUGGACAGGUCCUGGGUCUGGUGGGAACCAACGGUAUUGGCAAGAGUACUGCUCUCAAAAUCCUCAGUGGAAAAUUGAAGCCAAAUUUGGGCCGUUACGAUAAUCCGCCUGACUGGGAGGAAAUCUUGAAGUAUUUCCGUGGUUCUGAAUUGCAAAACUACUUCACCAAAGUGCUCGAAGAUGAUUUGAAGGCCGUUGUGAAGCCGCAGUACGUCGACCAAAUUCCCCGAGCGGUCAAGGGCCCGGUCAAGGAGGUAGAGCCCCUUAUCAAAGCACGCUCCCAAAUGGACAAUAUGGAACAUAUCAUGAAAGAGCUUGAGCUCAACCAAGUUAAGGAUAGAGAAAUUGGGCUGCUCUCUGGAGGAGAACUUCAGCGCUUUGCCAUUGCGCUUGUUUGCGUUCAGCAGGCUGAUGUAUACAUGUUCGACGAGCCAUCAUCCUACCUUGAUGUCAAGCAGCGUCUCAGCGCGGCACGUAUUAUCAGAGGACUCCUUCGACCUGAUGAUUAUGUCAUUGUAGUUGAGCACGACUUGUCUGUCCUGGAUUACCUCUCCGACUUCAUUUGCGUACUCUAUGGUCGCCCUGCUGUAUACGGUGUCGUCACUCUGCCUUCUUCGGUUCGUGAAGGUAUCAAUAUUUUCUUGGAUGGUCAUAUCCCCACAGAGAACUUGCGAUUCCGCGAAGAAUCCCUCACCUUCCGUAUCGCAGAAGCUGGAGAUGAUUUCAUAGCCGACAAGGGAAGAGCGUUCAGUUACCCAAAAAUGGAAAAGACCUUGGGUGGCUUCCACCUCUCCGUCGAGCCCGGGAGAUUCACUGAUUCCGAAAUUAUUGUCAUGAUGGGAGAGAACGGAACUGGAAAGACAACAUUCUGUAAACUGCUUGCUGGAGCGGAGAAGCCAGAUGGCCGCACAUCUGUGCCUCCCAUGAACAUCAGCAUGAAGCCACAAAAAAUCACUCCCAAGUUCCAGGGUACUGUCCGACAGCUGUUUUUCAAGCGUAUUAAGGCGGCAUUUUUGUCGCCUCAGUUCCAGACUGACGUCUACAAGCCACUCAAGCUCGAUGACUUCAUCGACCAGGAAGUCCAGAAUCUUUCCGGUGGUGAAUUGCAACGUGUCGCUAUUGUUCUUGCACUCGGUAUUCCAGCUGAUAUCUAUGUAAUCGACGAGCCGAGCGCCUACUUGGACUCCGAGCAACGUAUCGUUGCUGCGCGAGUCAUCAAGCGCUUUAUCAUGCAUACCAAGAAGACGGCUUUUAUCGUCGAGCACGAUUUCAUCAUGGCGACUUACCUUGCUGACCGCGUUAUCGUCUUCGAUGGUCAACCAUCCGUAGAUGCCAAAGCCAAUACCCCAGAGUCUCUCCUCACGGGUUGCAACAAAUUCUUGAAAAACCUGGACGUGACCUUCCGUCGUGAUCCCAACAGCUACCGGCCACGAAUUAACAAGCACCAGAGCCAGCUUGACCAGGAACAGAAAUUGAAUGGAAAUUAUUUCUUCCUGGAAGAAGAGAGUUGAAAAGGGCGUCCCACGAAAUCAUGACCGGGAUGGUCACCACAGACGUCGACGUAAACGACGCUUUAGUAAAAACCGCGUUGAUGUGUUAGCAUUUUCCGGCGUUAGCAAAGGCGCUGGUGGCCGAAAGGGGAGACGCAACGUCACGGGUCUUCCUGACGAGGAGUCAUCGGCUGACGAGGACGAUGAUAAAGACGACAAUAGAGCAUGCUGGGAACAGCAGUAUUUCGUUCGGUUCUCUAGCCGGUUGUUGUUGUUGUUCGAAUCCUUCCCGAGUGGCGUGUUCUCGUCGUUCCCAUACCCCUGCUGUUGAACAUGCAUUUGGAACCCUUCAGUGCCAGAGUGAAUAUUUACUUGGGCUAAUCUAUCUUACCCUGGUACCUUGGCAUAUCGUCGUUGGGGACGUUGGGGGCGUUUGCUCCUUGCUUCGAUACAAUAUUGCGGCACUAGGGAUGCAGAAUGAUGCUUUUACGAAUCUAUAAACACGAGAGAGCGGGAGCUGAUGAACUUUUCUCCUUUAUAACCCGGACUUGCUAUAUGCUAGGAGGUAAUAAGGCUAAUAGUCAAUAAAAAACAGCGGACGAAGUUUACCUAACAAACUGCUGGAUAUAUACCCACCCCAUAGUGUUUUUUGUUACUUUAUAACCAUUUACGUGAGGGGUGUCUAUUUAAAUCGCACUUGUUACCUCUAUCUGUCGCGCAUAAAGGGCGUUUGCUUGAUUCUUGACCCUAUUUUUGUCUUUUCAUUUAUUCCCAUGUUUCAAGCUAUUUAACGACUCUCGCCGUGUCUUUGUCUGACGUUAUCCCCCCACCCUUCUCUCUUUCCCACGCAUCCGUUUCAAAACAACAAUUUCUAGUUUCGUUUGCGACUGCUCAAAUGCAAGACGUGCUCGUCUUUCUGUCAAAGAAACCGAAAAGAGAUAUGCGGAUGUCGUCGACCUGCGCCCUUCCCUAUCUGGUCGACUCGCACCAUCCAGACGCCAAUUCCACCGAAAAGGAAUCGCCGUUUCGCGAGAUGGAGGAGGGGUGGCAAGAAAAUUGGCACUUUGGGGAAGGGGGGGUUUGAGGAUAGUAAAGCAGAUUUAAAACAUAGUCAGAUAUGUAAAUAGCCUGUGUCCGUUCGUUUGCUUUGCGUCCGUUUUACCUAGCGGACGCGAAAUUUAAAAGAGUUAACUAUCUCACCUCAAACCUUCUUUAUCAUUCAUUCGUUUUACCUGUCCAUGUUGCGAAGCUAUGAAGGGUAAGAAAGGGAAAAUGCAAGUCUCACGUUUUCUAACUUUUGGUCCAAGUCCCCGUUGGAAAUUCUUGGCAGGGUGUAAAAAACUUUUUCUAUAUUCACAGCGAAUUCUAAGAUUGUCUGGGACGCUUAGAAUUACUUAAAUCUUGCUCAACCCUUCAAUUACCAACAUUAAUAUGGAAAGAAAAAUAGAGAAGACAACAUGGGAUUUCUAACAAACCGCCAAAGCUCACCCUAGCCAGCCUCAGCUCCCGUGUGGUCCCAAAGAGAAGUAGAAGAGAAUUAAAUAGUAAUCAAUACAUUCCCUACCGUAUCUACCAUAAACUAACUUUCCCUCUUCACGUAAACUCUACCACCUCAUAACUCCCCGAAUCGUCACCCACAUCGUCAUACCCAUCACUCCUCCUCAAUCUCCCCCUCCUCACUCCCCGAAUGCACUACCCUCUCCUCCUUCACCUCUUCCGGUGUCCGCUCCCUCUCCCGCUCCUUCCCCCGCUCCCGAUCCCUAUCCCUAUCCCGCUCUCGCUCCUUAUCCCUCCUCGACCCCCCAUCCCUCCUAUACCGCUUCGCACUCCGACUCCCAACGCUCUCCGUCUCACUAUCCCUGCGCCGCCUGCGCUCACUAGUAACCGUACCCGUGGUACUACGCGCCGUGGAAUCGGCCGCCGCCCCGUUGCCGCCACCGUAAUCCAAUUCAUCGCGGCUGCUCCUCGGGUCCGCGCGCGAGCGGUACAAGCGCUCCCGCUCAUCCUCCUUCUCGCGCCGAUCAUAGUGGCUAAGCAUAGAGCGGCUGCUGGGUCGAUCCCGCUCGCGGUCCCGGUCACGAUCCCUAUCUCUAUCCCGGCCACGGUCGCGAUCACGAUCACGAUCACGGUCACGCUCGCGUCCCGGCGGCGGUGGGGAGAGCCCGCUGACUUUCCGGUAGGAUCUCUCGCGGUCGGCUUGUGCUUUGCGCCGAUCCGCUUCGUAGGCGUCCGGCUCGGGCGUGCGGCUGAGGCGGCUAGGGGUUGCCCCUCUGCGUCGCUCGCUGCGGUAUCCGUUGCGAUCACGAUCACGGUCGCGAUCACGGUCGCGGUCAGAACGGUCGUAAUGGUCACGGCGGCUGCCGGCGCGAUCACGGUCGCGCUCGGCGUCCUCUUCUUUUUCUUUGAGGCGGCGGAUAACUUUAUCAAACGCAGUGCGACGUAGAUCGUCCGUGUCCAGUGCACGGUAUUCCUCUAGUUUCUCGACGCGGGGUUUCACUUGGUCCCAGGUAUCGGAGGCGCGGACCGGUGGUUCGAGAUGUUUGAUGCGCGAGCGGAGGGCAUCGAUGGCUCGACGUUGGUGGCGGUCUGCGGCGUGCUUUUCGUCUUCGGUGCGUCGGAGGACUUUCUCUUUGAUACGGUCGAAAAUUAGCUGGAGAGUGUCGCGAUCAAUCCUUGCACUGCGCCUGUCGGUAGCCAUGAUCUCGUUGAACUCUUCGAAGGUGGUUUUUGGUGUAACUUCGUAGCGUACAUCCUACCAUGGUGUUAGAAAUUAAAAAGUAGGCAAGGGAUUCCUUAAAGAAUAACUUACAUCUAGAACAUCCAAAACAUCGUUUCUAGGGCCUCUCAGGGCUCUCUCCUCCUCUUCCACAAUGUCCCAGAAUAGAUCUAGAGGAGUGGAGCCAGCCUGGCCUAACAUGGCAACAUACCGGGGGUCAUCCUCGAUUAUCGGCAG